UGUUCGAAUUUAUUUAGAGAAACAACUAUGUCAGUCGAGCGAGCUUUUUAAAAACAUUGAUAUUCUGUUUAUAUUCGUCUACUGUAUGUUUUGUUAAAAUUUAAUAUUUUUCAAAAAUGGCUGCCAAGAACGCAAGUUCCAUCCAGGUGUGCAUCAAGGUGCGUCCUUGCGAGUCCGGACGCACCACGAUCUGGCAGGUGAAGGAUGGCCGCUCCAUCCACAUGGUAGACAGCCACGUGGAGCCCAGUGUCUUUGACUAUGUAUUCGAUGGAGCCACAACCAACCAGAUGGUGUUUGACCGGAUGGCCAAGAACAUCGUGCACGCCUGCAUGCAGGGCUUCAACGGAACUAUUUUUGCCUACGGCCAGACAACGUCGGGGAAGACCUAUACCAUGAUGGGCGACGGAAAGAACCCGGGUAUCGUCGUGCUGGCCGCCAAGGAAAUAUUCCAACAGAUAUCCAGUGACACGCAGCGCGACUUUCUACUUCGCGUGGGUUACAUCGAUAUUUACAACGAGAAGAUAUACGACCUGUUAAAAAAAAAUCAGGACGUGAAAAUCCUCGAGUCUGGGAACGCAGUAGUAAACAUAAACUGCGAGGAGUGUAUCAUAACCAGUGAGGACGAACUCCUGCGCCUCCUCUGUACAGGCAACAAAGAACGUAUGGUGCUCGAAACCAAAAUGAACGAACGAUCCAGCCGCUCGCAUGCCAUUUUUCGGAUAGUUAUUGAGUCCCGGAAAUCGGAUCGUAGCGACGAUGACGCUGUAAUUCUGAGCGUGCUGAACUUAGUAGAUCUGGCUGGAUCCGAAAGGGCAGAUCAAACUGGUGCCCGUGGUGCUCGCCUCAAGGAGGGCGGCCAUAUAAACAAAAGCUUGAUUUCUCUCAAUAACGUUAUCAAGAGCCUAUCCGAGAAAGUAGAGAACAAUCUUAUCAACUUUCGUGAGUCCAAACUCACUCAAAUCCUGCAGCCAUCGCUGGGUGGCAAUGCCUUAACCUCCGUCAUCUGCACAAUCAAGCCUUCGAUCAUGGAAGAGUCGCAAUGUACCCUGAGCUUUGCUAAACGUGCCGAAAAGGUCAGCAUUAAACCCCAGGUCAAUAAAGUUCAAUCCGAUGGAACUAUGUUGGGGCGACUAGAUCGCGGGGUAAAGAUGUUGCAAGAAAAGCUAGCAGAGGAGGUGCGCCAGAACAAGAGCCAGUUGAUAGUGCAGGAUUUGGAGCGCCGCAUCAAGCGUGACAUGCUUAAAAUCGUUACGGCCACCUCACUGAACGACCUCCGCAUUCAGAAGCGACGCCGCACUUGGACUAUAUCCGGAUCAGAAGGUGAGAAUGCAUCUACUUUAUUGCAAACUGUGACAGAUGAAUCUCGCCUGCCGCGACCAUCAAAGAUGUGCAAUCUGCCAAAGCCAACGUUUUAUCCCCACACAAACGAUUCGCAACGAAGGGAGAUGGCUCCCAAAACCAACAGUAUUUCUCAAUCUCUCAAAGAAGAAUUAAUCCCAACUUUAAGUAAAGAACAGAAGCUCCAAAACCUUUUGGACGAAGAGGAGGCAUGCAGUAUUCCUUCCGUAUUCACAAAUAUUUCUAAAAAAGAUCAGGAGUCGGUUUCACACUACGAUGCCCUGCGGUUGGAGGUCUCUGCCCUUACUGAAUCCAACCAAAUAGCAAAGGAGGCGAUAGAGAAGUACGAGGAGGAAGUGAAGAGGCUAAAGGGGACCAUUGAGAAGCUGGAAAUGGAUAAACGCGAGGCACUAGAUCUGGGGCUGCGCUUUGAGUCACAUAAGACCAAGUCCAAGCAGCUGGAAACCGAACUGCUUUCGGCCCUCUCCGAGAAGGAUUUAACCAUUGAAGGUUUGCAAAAAUCCCUGAAUGAGCUUUCUCGGGAUGUGUUGCGCAAUAGCAAAGAGGAUGAUUUACGUUCCAUAUGUCCCGAUCUUGAGUCCAACUGCGAGAGGAUCUGCAGCAAGUGUCGGGAGUUGGAGCACCUGCCGAUCACGGAUGACUUGGGACUCGAGACGAUCGCCUGCCAGUGUGAUCAGCUGCGAUCCGAGAUUGCUGCAACGAGGACCAAAUUGGAAAACGUGCAGUCAGCCUUUAGUCAGGCGAGCUGCGAGGUUACCCAAAAGACCACUGAAUGCGAACGACUCUCCAGACAGGUAUCGACGACCCAGGAUGACUUCGGAGAACUGCAGGGCAGGUAUAACUCACUGGAGCAGCAGUGGCUAGAUCAACAAAUGACCAUCGAGACCAUGCAGGCAGAUUACGUUGCUAUCCAGCAAAAAUACCAGAAGCUUCAGGAGGAGUAUGAGCAGAUGGAAAAAAUAUCUGACGAGCAGUGCAAGCAGCUGCAGUCUGAUAAUACGAAUUUACAAGCGGAGAUUGGAAAUCUUAAGGAGCGAGUUGAAGAUGCUCAGCGCAAACUUUUGGAAACUGUGAAUACAGAAUCUUUUGUAGAAGAGUUGAACGCUCAAAACCAAGUUCUCAGGUCACAACUUAAUGAAUUGAAGUCGAAUUUCAACAAUAUCCAACGGGAAUACGAAAGUCUAUCCAACCAACUUUUGGAAAGUGUCCUGGAGAAUGAUGCCCUCCGAGAGGAGCUAAAGCAGCGACCCUCAAACUUCGAUGUGGAGUCCAUGAAGAGUUCCGGGCUAGGUACUGAGUUCAGCGAUCUGGAGCAUUUGUUUGAAGUUGAUAGCGAUCUUAUGCAGCAGUUUGUCAAGCUGAUGGAGUCCAUCCAACAGAUCGAGCUCCAUGACCAUUCCGGAAUUAGUCGUCUUUUUCAGAACCACCCGGUGGAUCGGGAUCAAAGCGUUCUAGGACUAAAACUUUUUCUCGGGUCUCCGGAGUACAUUGAGAGCGAAACCGGUAAGCAAGACUCAUUUGAUUCUCUUUGCUUAAAAGGCUUUCUGAAGCGCCAGAGAUUUCAGAUUGUGAGAAUUGGUCAUGAACAGGGUUUUAUAGGGGAAGAAGAGCGACUCCGUGAAAAAAUUUCGCAAUUAAAGCAGGAAGUCGAAAAUAAGACGACCCUCAUUGAGGAAGACAAGGCACUUAUCGGUGAGAUGCGUGUAAAGAUGACCGACCUAGACAGAUUGAGUUCCCUACAAAAACAAAAUGACGAGAUGAGUUUAUUGUACAAGGAGGUCCAGGAUAAAGUUACCAGAGAAACUACAGCCCCAAGCACCUCCGAUAAAAAAGAUCAUGAGUUACAUGAAGUAAUGUGUCUUAAAGAAUCCCUAGCAGAGUUGAGGGACAAGGUGUGUGACCUCCAGGCCAAAUUGGAAAUUCAAUUGAAACAAAUGCAGCUGAAGGAUGAGAACAUAGCUAAGCUGCAGAUAGAUAUAGAGGAAAUGGGUGAGCGGUGCUCAUCAAUGGGUGUGAGGCUUGCGGAGUUGGAGGAGAAGAUCCAGCAUAAACAGGAUCAAUUAGAGAAUCAGGCGAAAGAGCUUUCCGAUAACCUAAGCAUUAUCGAAAAACUCCAAGCAAGAAAUGCGAAACUCGAAGAAGGCAGCAUUUUUGCGGCAGAUUCUUUGAAACUGCAGAUUAAGCAGGAGCAGACAGUUGAUUCUUCCGAAUAUAAGCAAAAAAUAGAAGUUCUCGAAGAAUCGUUGAAGAGGGCCCAAGAAGAUAUACAAAUUUUGGAGAGGAAAAAGACGGAUGAAAUCAACAACCUGCAGUUGGACUAUAUGAUGAAGAUCGAGACGAGCGAAAAUGAAAACCGAGCCAAAUUCCGUACUUAUAGCCUAGAGCUGGAGGAAAGUAAAGAACGACAUGACAACAGUGUAGCCACUUUGAAGGAACAACUAUUUCAGGCCGGGAAAGAGCUGUCUUGUGUUAGGGCUCGCUGUCAGGCAGAUAUGAAAAGAAUUAAAUCUGAUCUUCAAAAGAUAAUUGCUCAGGCUGAGGAAGACAGGAAUGGUUUAAUUGCGCAGCACCAGUCCGAUUUGCAAAAAAUCAAAGAAACUCUGAAGCUAAAGUUGGCUGAGGAGCUGUUAAGCCAAGCCGAUGAAGAUCGAGAUAAGGCAACGGCCUUGAUUGAUGAGAUGAGAAACAGCUGGGAGGAGAUGUUAAGGAAUAAUAGCACCAUGAAAGUUACUAUUGGGGAGCUGGAAAAAUCGAAAUCUGACCAGGAUUUGGCAUUGAAAGAAGCUAAAAUAGAGAAAAAUCAAUUACAAAAGCUGUACGAAAAGAGCCAGGAGGACCUACAAAGUCUACUAACCUCUACUAAGGCUGAGAUAACCAUUGAGUUCCAGGAAAAGUGUGAGCAAUAUCUUCAAGACUUGGAUAAAUUGAGACAAGAAAAGAUUACCUUACAGUCGGAGAUUCAGGAUGCCAAUGCUCAGCACUCAAGCACCCUUAUGCAGCUUGAGAAAGUUCAACAUGAAAUGCAUACUAUUAUCAAGCAGAAGGAGUUGGAGAACAGCAAACUAAAGGACAAACUCGAAGUUUUAACAGCCAAGAUAACCGAUCUGGAAAACGCUCUGAAGUCGGCUACGUCCAAGCUUCUUGACUAUGAUGAUCUCUUUUCCGAGUACGAACGGCUAAAAAUUUGCUUUUCCGAGGCCAAAGAAUUGUCCGGGAACCUGGAAGAGGAAGUAGAGCUCUUGCGAUCGAAAGUGCGUGAUGCCCAGAAUGGAGUCUCCAGCAGAGAUGUACAAAUUGAACAGCUUCGCUCAGAGCUACAGCAUGCUAUGGACGCAAAGAAAACUGCCAGUGCGUACAAAUUAGCUCUGGAAAAGCAGCUCGAAGAAGUUGAGGAAAAGGCGUCAAUGGAGACAGAAAAGUUUAAACGUGAGGUGAAAGAACUAAAUGGUUCAAUAAACGAGCUGCAACUCAAGCUUGAAUCUCUGCAAGAAACAAAUGGCAAAUUGGCGAUCGGGCAAGAAGAGCUAAAAGUACAGCUGAAGAAUACCCAGAAUCUGGAGAAAAUGCUGGAAGAAUUGGAAAAAAUAAACACCGAUCUCAAAGACCGGAUACAAGCCAAGGACGAUGAAAUCAAUAAAAAAUCCACAGAAAUAGGACUGGAACUGGAGCUAGGCCGCAGCAGAAUUGAAGAACUGAACAAAGAAUGCGAAACUCUGCGAACAGAUCUAAAAACUAAAACAAAUCAAUUCCAGCGAGAAAAAGAAAAUUAUCUGCAAAAUAAUAAUAAACAGCUGGAGGAACACCUGACCAUACUUAGAGAGAAGAAUGAAGAAAAUGCUAGACUUGAGGCUCAGUUGAUAUCCAAUAAGACAGCACUUGCAUCCAUGGAAGAAAACUCGAGUAAACACCAGUUGGCCAUGGAGGCAGCUAAUAACAAAAACCUUGACCUGGGUGAAAAGGUUCAUGAAUUGACAACGGAAUGCAAUAUGAUUCGAUCAGAUUUGCAAUCAAAAGAGGCUUAUUUCCAAAAGGAGAAGGAAGUGUUCCUUGCCACCAUUUCUGAUAUAUUGAAAGAGAAGAGCAACUUGGAGGCAUCGGUGGAUUUGCAUCAUAGCUCUCUUCAAACGCAAUGCGAAGAGCUACGAUCAACUCUGAAAUUGAAGGAAGCUGAUCUGCAAAAUAACAGACAGCUGAUGAAAGAAAAGGAUGAAGCUUUUCUUAAGCUUUCAUCCAAUCGGGCAGCAUUUAUGGAAGACUUGACUAAACAAAAACUAGCCACGGUUGAUGCUGUUAAAAAGAGCCUCGAGAAUGAACAGAGAGUUAAUGAGCUUACAAGGGACUGCGAGCACCUGAGUUCAACUCUAAAAUCUCGUCAAAACAGUUAUCAAACGGAGAGGGAGCGCAUGCAUGGCACCAUCACCAGCCUAUUAGAAGACAAACGCAGCCUUGAGGAAAAACUGUGCACUGUCACCGAUAUCAUGAAUGACCUUAAGAGUGAAGUGGCGGCUUUACAAGCUCAUAAAGUGAACGGCGGCAGUGUACUUCUCGAGUCAACUUCCCCCAGCGUUUCGCCUACUUCUGGAACAAUGAAAAUUAGUGAGCCAAAGGUACAUAUAAUUUUCUCAAAAUCCAAGGAAAAAUCUUUAAAAAAUUUAUUUCUCAAAAGAAAUUAAAUGGUCUUGAGUUUACGGUGCGGCGAAAUCGACGGAUCACGGCUCAUGAUGAGCACCGCAAGCAGUCCUGUUGGAACGGCACUCGCGAUUGUGAAAAUAUUGCGGUUCCCGAGGACAGAAAUUGACAUUGUGUUGAGGUGAACUGCACCUACAGACUGAUUCCGAACUGGAAACAAUCAUAAGGAGUACAAACAACGCUUGGAAUUGGUUUUAUAUUAAAAACACUAGCAUCAAAGAGUUACAAGAGAUAGUUAAAAAUAUAUCAUCUCACAGCAUCACUUUCGCAACGAUGAGCUGCAGGGAUUUUAGGGAAACGAUGGCUCCGGGAAGGUAGCCAAAUAAGUCAUGAUGAAUGUUAUUCAAGUAUUAGGUUUCUUUUUGUUAAGUGUUACUUGCAAAGGCUCAACCUUUUAUAUUUAAAGUUUGCUGUUUAUAUGUA